AUGGCAACUACUAGUUUUGUUUUGUUUUACUUUUGUGUAUUUCUCGUGUGCCAUGGGUCCAUGGCUCAACUGUUUGGCCAGAGCUUUACUUCAUGGCGAAGCUCCCGACAAGGAGGUUUAAGGGGGUGCAUAUUAGAUAGGCUACAAGCAUUUGAACCAAUUCAGCAAGUGAGGUCACAAGCUGGCCUCACUGAAUACUUCGAUGAGAAUAAUGAGCAAUUUCGUUGCACCGGGGUAUCUGUCAUCCGCCGUGUUAUCGAGCCUCAAGGCCUCUUAUUACCUCAAUAUCACAACACUCCUGGCUUGGUGUACAUUCUCCAAGGUAGUGGUUACACAGGGCUGAUUUUGCCUGGAUGCCAAGAGACCUUCCAAAAAAAAUUCCAACAUUUUGGUCAAGCGUGGUUUGCCGAAGGUCCAAGCGAAAGGCAAAAGUUUAAGGACGAGCACCAAAGAGUUCACCAUUUCAAGCAAGGAGAUGUUGUUGCACUGCCAUCUGGCAUUGUACAUUGGUGCUACAAUGAUGGUGAUGUGCCGAUUGUGGCUUUGUAUGUCUUCGACGUAAACAACAAUGCUAAUCAGCUGGAACCUAGACGAAAGGAUUUCUUGCUGGCUGGUAACAACAAGAGAGAGCAACAAUUUGAACAAAACAUAUUCAAUGGAUUCAGUGUCCAAUUGCUAAGUGAGGCCUUUGGUAUCGAUCAACAAAUGGCACAAAGGAUAAGGAAUCAAAGUGACCAAAGAGGCGAUAUAAUUCAUGUUAAUCAACGCCUUCAGUUCUUGAAGCCCACUGUGAACAAGCAAGAACUAGUAGAGAAGCAAUCAUACCUACCAAUUCAUCAAUAUCAGCUAAGUCAAUCAAUGAGUGGAAGUCACAAUGGUUUAGAGGAGAACUUUUGUUCAUUAGAGGCAAGGAAGAACAUUGAAAACCCCAAUAAUCCUGACACAUACAACCCACGUGCUGGCAGUAUAACACGCCUCACCAGCAAUAGUUUUCCCAUCCUUCACCUUGUGCAAAUGAGUGCUACAAGAGUAAAUCUCUACCAGAAUGCUGUCCUUUCACCAUUCUGGAACAUUAAUGCACACACUGUCAUGUACAUGAUCCAAGGACAUGCUCGAGUUCAGGUCGUCAAUAACUAUGGUCGGACCGUAUUCGACGACCUUGUUCGUAAAGGGAAAUUGUUAAUCAUACCCCAACACUAUGUUGUUCUCAAGAAGGCAAAGCAUGAAGGAUGCCAAUACAUAUCAUUCAAGACCAACCCAGACUCCAUGGUUAGUCACAUCGCAGGAAGGAACUCUAUCAUGCGUGCCUUGCCUGUUGAUGUCAUCGCCAAUGCUUUUCAGAUUUCCAGACAAGAAGCCCGAAACCUUAAAAACAAUAGGGGAGAAGAGUAUGGCGCAUUCACUCCUGAAUUUACCCCAACGAGCUGGCAGAGUUACCCAGACAAUGAUGAGGAGUCCUCUUCAUCUAAUAAGGCAUCCAAGUGA